GGAGCUCCGGUUUCGCGGCACCAUGAGCGGGCUGCAGAACAAUGCUGCCAAAAGACAGUUUCUCCUUGAGCGUUUAUUGGAUGCCGUUAAACAGUGCCAGAUCAGAUUUGGAGGAAGAAAAGAGAUAGCGUCUGAUUCAGAUAGCAGAGUUACGUGCCUCUGCGCGCAGUUUGAAUCCGUCCUUCAGCACGGCUUAAAGAGGACCCGGGGGUUAGCUUUAACUGCAGCGGCCAUCAAGCAAGUCACAGGCUUCUCCAGUAAAACUGAAAUGGAAUCCAUGUUCUGGUACUAUGUGAAAGAGGUUCUUAAUAAACAUGAGUUGCACCGUUUUUAUUCUCUGAGGAAUAUCACUACGGACACCGGUCGAGGCCGGGCUUGGCUACGCUGCGCUCUCAACGAACAUUCCUUAGAAAGAUAUUUGCAUAUGUUGCUUGCGGAUAGAGCUCAUCUUAGCGUCUUCUAUGAAGACUGGUCCUUCCUGAUGGAUGAAGAACGCUCCAGUAUGAUUCCGACAAUGGCGGCUGGGCUGAACUCUAUCCUUUUUGCCAUCAACAUUGAUAACAAGGAUUUAAACGGACAGAGCAAGUGCCCGCCCUCAGUCUCUGACCUUCUCAAGGAGUCGACCCAGAAUGUGACCUCUUUGCUGAAGGAAUCCACCCAAGGGGUUAGCACCCUCUUCCGGGAGAUCACCGCCUCUUCUCCUGUUUCCAUGUUGAUCAGAUCUGAUCAAGAUGCCGACCUGCUGCCUAUUUUAUCCAAGAGCGUCAGUGGUGAUUUAAAAUGCCGGAAAGAUCGAACGAAGAAAAAGAAGAGAAUCACAAAAAUAAUUUCAUUUGACGAGGAAGACGGCCAACUUUUGGGGAACCCCUUGCGGGUGACAGCUUCGGGGGAAGACUCAGAAGAAUGCCCUGAGAGACUUUCAGCCUCUGUGGCUUCUCCUGCAGCAGAGCAACUGGGUCCGCUGAGCGGCGACCGGGCCGUGACUUUGCUGAAGAACCGCUCUGAAUAUCUGAAUGGUGACUGUAGCUUCCUGAAGCUGGAUGUCAAAAGUAUAGACGACGAAGAUGCAGAUGAGAGCAGUGGCAGAACAUUGGUGAACCACGGUGUGAUGGAAGACAGAGAUGUGCUCACAAAACCUGCUGAAGGUGUGACAUCCCAUUCACUGGUUUGCACUGAAACUCCUCUGCAAAUGCUGAACGAUGACUCCGAUGAAUUAUUCCCUGUCAACGUUGUGGGUUCCUUCUUGCAGACUGAAAAUCUGGAGGAUGGCAACGAACAUGAAAACACAGACUUUUCAUUAGAAUUGACUCAGACAAAUGCUGAAUUGCACUACAGGGUAGAGACUAGCUCUCCUGUCCACAAGAAUGCUUUAAACGAGCUCCUGCCUUCAGACAGCGUGCCAGAAUCGAUGACUGUUGCGGAACUUCGGCAAGCUAUUGUAGCCAUGAUGAACAGAAAACAUGAACUACAAGAACAGAAUAGUUCCUUGCGGAGUCUCCUGGAGGGAGAGAUGGAACAUUCAGCGGGACUCCGUCAAGAGGUGGACAACCUGAAGAAGAAAGUUUCAGAACAUGAAGAACAUUACGCAGCGAGGAUCCAGGCCUUGGCAAGGGAAAAUGAAGUGCUAAAAGUCCAGCUAAAGAAAUACGUUGGUGCUGUCCAAAUGCUGAAAAGAGAAGGUCAAACCAUGGAAGUCUUGCCAAACCUUUGGAACGCAGAUAGUGAAUUUUCCAUUCUCGAACAAAAGCAAGUUGAAAACAAUGAAGAACGAGCGAACUCAUAUGAAAGGAAGCUGAUUGAGGUGGCAGAAAUGCAUGGGGAACUGAUUGAAUUCAACGAAAGGCUGCAUCGUGCCUUGAUGGCUAAAGAAGCUUUGGUGACUCAGAUGAGACAAGAACUCAUUGAUCUCAGAGGACCGGUUCCUGGAGAUCUCAGUCAAACCUCUGAAGAUCAAAGCUUGUCAGAUUUUGAAAUAUCAAACCGAGCUCUUAUAAAUGUCUGGAUUCCUUCAGUCUUUCUCCGUGGAAAAGCUGCGAAUGCAUUUCAUGUUUAUCAAGUAUAUAUCAGGAUAAAAGACGAUGAGUGGAAUGUUUAUCGGAGGUACACGGAAUUCAGGGGGCUACACCACAAGUUACAGAUGAAGUAUCACCAAGUACGAAGUUUUAACUUCCCACCAAAGAAGGCUAUUGGAAACAAGGAUGCAAAGUUUGUGGAGGAGCGCCGGAAGCAACUGCAGAACUACUUACGAAACGCGAUGAACAAAGUCAUCCAGACUCUGCCAGAAUUUAUCGCCAACCCUAAAAAAGAGACGCUCGUCCAGUUGAUGCCCUUUUUUGUUGACUUCCAACCUGCAGGAGAAUCUGUGAGCAAAACCAAUCACCGGCGAGCAACCAGCCACUUUCCAAGGCUGUCUCGGAGCCAUCCAAAGGAACCACGCAAUCCGGAACCUCAAAGUGGUGACCUUUGACCUGUGAGCUGUGGAACCUCCAGGUGGUGACCUUUGAGUGGUGACACCUGCAAGGACCACGUCACGCAGGCAGCCAGCCUUUGAGUUUGCUCUGAUGAUCCAAGCCUGCGCGAGAGGACAGAAGGCAGUCAACAAGAACGGCAUUGUGUGUCACCAGAAAAGAUACUGUCUUGUUGAAACACUGCAUUGCCCAAUUGGACCAACCAUCUUUGAAGCAGCAGUCCUUUUUCAAAACAGUCAGGGAUCUCUUUUGCCCUAGAGAAUAGGAUGGAUGGAUGGAU